AUGCAUCAAACUAUUGGCAACUCUCUUAGAGUAUUGGUUACACUGAACCACCCUUUCAACAUCAAUGCUGCCAAACAAUUAGUUGACACUGCCAUUGCAAAUGCAGUGUAUGCACACCACUGCUCUUAUCACGGAACUAUAACCGCUACGCUCGGAUCACUUGCCUUCCACCGUGACAUGGAUGGGUUUGGCUCUGAUCCUCUUGAUGUCGGUGAAGCAAAGUUGGAAUUUGAUAUGGAUAUGGCGGACGCUAAAGAUAUUGACGAUGGAGCUACGGUUGCUGGUGCCAUGGAUGAGUUGCUGGAAAAGGAUAGUCAACUGGAGGCUGCUAUCACGGAGAUUGAAUUUAAGGACAAUCUCUUGUCCGAACAGAAUUCUGCUUUGGAGGCUGAACGAUUACGAUCUGAACAGUUGGCGCGCGAACUUGCCGCAAUGCGCUUACUCCAACAGCCAUCAGCCAGCCGCACAGAUCAGCCGACUCAGCUUGACAACAAUGGGCCUUCCACCAAGUCACCUACGGAGGAGGAUAUUCCUCUCACAGAAAAGCCACACUCCCCGUCCACUCCGGCACGAUCCAACAAGCCAGGCCCCCUCACCUCCCCACUGCCGGGAUCUCCUUCUCCACCUGGGCCCAAGACAAUGUUACCACCUCAGAAUGCCGCCACUCGCCCCAAAUCCUUGGUCGAGUCGGUGACUCCG